ACUAAAUGAGCCCAUGUGAUACUACAGACUCAUCGUGCUACGCUCCAAGAAACCCAAUCCCCAUUUACCAAUUCGAAAAAAUAUAUCAUUUUUAUUGGAAAAUAUAUAAAAUAUUGUACAGAAAUUGAUUUUAUCAUACCAAACAACCAUAUUGGAUUUUCUAAGAUAAAUAAAAUUAAAGACCGUGACACAAGAGAUUUGGGCAACAACGUUAUUAAAACAAAAGUUGGGGCUAGUUUGGAGCGCUGGCAUGCAUAAAAAGGGUGUCUCUGAAUUCAAUUUGAAAUCAGACAGCAAAACUCAAUAAUACUAUUUCAUCUCCCUUUAGUUAUUUUCUGUACAAGAGAGUGAGCACAGUAGUGAGUCAAGAAAUGGGGAGCUUCACUGCUUUGUCGGUGCUGUUGCUCUUAGCUUCUGCUUGCCACCAUGCUUUUGCCUUCAGAGAUGGGCUGUUGGACAAUGGCAACUUUGAGAUGGCCCCAGCUGCCUCCAACCUCAAUGGCUCCGUCGUGCUCAAGCCCCACGCCAUACCGAAAUGGCAGAUCUCCGGCUUUGUUGAGUACAUCAAGGCGGGGCAGACGCAGGGCGACAUGCUGCUGGUGGUGCCGGAGGGGUAUGCUGCUGUGAGGCUGGGGAACGAGGCCUCGAUCAAGCAAGUGAUCAACGUGACAAAGGGGAUGUACUACUCGCUAACGUUUAGUGCUGCCCGGACCUGCGCCCAGGAGGAGAGGGUGAACGUGUCUGUGGCGCCCGACUUUGGAGUCCUGCCAAUCCAGACAUUGUACAGCAGCAACGGCUGGGACUCGUAUGCCUGGGCGUUCAAGACGAGUUACACCACGGCUGAGAUCCUCAUCCACAAUCCGGGCGUUGAGGAGGACCCCGCCUGUGGCCCUCUCAUUGAUUCAAUAGCCAUUCGGGCUUUAUACCCUCCGAGGCCUACUAACCAGAACCUGCUGAAAAAUGGUGACUUUGAAGAAGGUGCCUACAUAUUCCCCAACACAAGCUGGGGAGUCCUGAUCCCACCAAACAUCGAGGACGACAACUCCCCGCUCCCGGCAUGGAUGGUGGAGUCCCUGAAGGCCGUGAAGUACAUAGACGCGGCUCACUUCUCUGUCCCACGAGGGCAGAGGGCCAUAGAGCUCGUGGGGGGGAAAGAGAGCGCCAUCGCGCAGGUGGCCAGGACCAUCGUCGGGAAGACCUACCAGCUGACAUUCGCGGUGGGGGACGCCAGCAACGCCUGCGAGGGAUCCAUGAUUGUCGAGGCCUUUGCCGGGAGGGACACUCUCAAGGUCCCCUACGAGUCCAAGGGCAAGGGCGGAUACAAGCGCGCAUUGCUGAGGUUCGUUGCCACCACUGCCCGCACCCGGAUCAUGUUCCUCAGCACCUACUACCACAUGAGGAGCGACGACUACGCCUCCCUCUGCGGCCCCGUGGUGGAUGAUGUCAAGCUGCUCAGCGUCCGCAACCCCAGGCGGCUCGCCUGAGCGUCGUGGUGGUGGUGGUGGUGGUGGAAGAAGGAGUGUUGGGAUAAGAUAUACUGAGAGUAGUACUUCUUGUUGCUACAAUGGCUGCUGAUUUUUUUUUUUUUUUUUGAUGCUACUACUAUCAAUACUCUGCCAAGAUCCAAGUUUUUAAGGUGUAACAGUAUAUAUAGAGGAGUGUGAUUUGAUUGUGAGGUGUAAUAUUAAGCUGCCCAAUAAAUGGGAAAGGAAUUUGGUGGGAAGAGAGAGUGAUAUAUGUGGUUUAUUUAUCAUUUUGGCAUGGAGGUUGAGUGGCAGAGAUUGAUCUACAUGCAGCAUAUAUGUUUUAAAGUGAAGAGUGUGGCUCAUGAGAAUUAAAUCAUGACUUGAUACUUAAUUAGUGAUCUUCAUGUUUGAAA